UCUCCCAAAUACUAAACACUAUACUCUGUUCGCCUCCUCGGUCCUUAUCCACAAACCACCACCCAAAAACCCUUUCACCACCGAAAGGCCUAAUGGCUUCCGCCAAUGCUAUCUCCACAGCGUCAAUUAUCCGCUCUCCCAAACAGGAGAGCUUCAGAAGGAGGGUGAACCAACAACAAGGGCCGAAAUUUAAUUACAGGCCAUCAAACAAUCGGUUUGUGGUUCGUGCCUCCGCCAAGGAAAUUGCAUUUGACCAAAGUUCAAGGGCGGCGCUUCAGGCUGGCAUUGAUAAGCUUGCAGAUGCCGUGGGGCUUACUCUUGGUCCUAGAGGAAGGAAUGUUGUCCUGGAUGAAUUCGGGAGCCCCAAGGUGGUGAAUGAUGGGGUAACAAUUGCUCGAGCUAUUGAGCUAGCUGAUGCUAUGGAAAAUGCUGGUGCAGCUCUCAUUAGAGAGGUUGCAAGUAAAACCAAUGACUCUGCUGGUGAUGGCACAACAACUGCCUCUGUUCUUGCCCGAGAAAUAAUCAAACUGGGCCUGUUGAGUGUUACCUCUGGUGCAAAUCCAGUCUCCAUAAAGAAGGGAAUUGACAAAACAGUACAUGAGUUAGUGAAGGAGCUGGAGAAGAAAGCCCGACCUGUUGAAGGCGGUGACGAUAUCAAAGCUGUUGCUUCUAUAUCUGCGGGAAACGAUGAGUUCAUUGGGUCCAUGAUUGCAGAUGCAAUUAAUAAAGUUGGGCCUGAUGGUGUUUUGUCCAUUGAGUCAUCAUCCUCUUUUGAAACAACUGUUGAUGUCGAAGAAGGAAUGGAGAUUGACAGAGGAUAUAUCUCCCCACAGUUUGUUACAAACCCUGAGAAACUGAUUGCUGAAUUUGAGAAUGCAAGAGUGUUGGUCACAGAUCAGAAGAUCUCAACAAUAAAGGACAUAAUUCCCCUGCUAGAGAAGACCACUCAGCUGAGAUCUCCUCUGCUUAUAGUUGCUGAGGAUGUCACUGGAGAAGCUUUGGCUACUCUUGUUGUGAACAAGCUGCGGGGAAUACUUAAUGUUGCUGCCAUCAAAGCCCCUGGUUUUGGUGAGAGGAGAAAGGCCCUCCUUCAAGAUAUUGCUAUUAUGACAGGAGCUGAGUUUCAAGCCAGUGAUCUGGGUUUGCUUAUUGAGAAUACCUCAGUUGAGCAGCUUGGUUUGGCAAGGAAGGUGACCAUUACCAAGGACUCAACCACCAUCAUUGCUGAUGCUGCAUCAAAGGAUGAGAUACAGGCUAGGAUUGCUCAGAUAAAAAAAGAGUUGGCUGAGACAGAUUCCGUUUAUGAUACAGAAAAACUGGCUGAGAGAAUUGCCAAAUUGUCAGGUGGGGUUGCUGUUAUAAAGGUGGGGGCUGCAACAGAAACAGAGCUUGAGGACCGUAAGCUUCGUAUUGAGGAUGCUAAGAAUGCAACUUUUGCUGCCAUAGAGGAAGGGAUAGUGCCUGGUGGUGGUGCUGCAUUCGUUCACCUGUCAACUUAUGUCCCUGCAAUUAAGGACAAGCUCGAAGAUGCAGAUGAACGUCUUGGUGCUGACAUUGUGCAGAAGGCACUGGUGGCACCAGCAUCAUUGAUAGCCCACAAUGCUGGAGUUGAAGGAGAGGUGGUUGUAGAGAAGAUAAAGGCUUGUGAAUGGGCAGUCGGGUACAAUGCAAUGACAGACAAAUACGAAAACCUGGUGGAGGCUGGAGUCAUUGACCCUGCCAAGGUUGCCAGAUGUGCUUUGCAGAACGCAGCAUCGGUUGCAGGAAUGGUUCUGACCACACAAGCCAUUGUUGUGGAAAAGGCCAAGCCAAAGGCACCUGUGGCUGCUCCCCCACAAGGUCUUACCAUAUGAUUGCUAGUAUUUCUUAGCCCUAAUUAGGAUUUCAGAGAUGAGGGUUUUUCAGGGGAGUGAAUCUGCGAAAAGAAAUGCUGGAAAAAAAUCUGCUCUGAUUGAGGCAAAUGGGGCCUUUUUGUACGGAUUUAGACAUUGAUUAUCUGUUUUAAUAUGGUAGUAGCAGGUAUAGAACUUUGUUAAUAGCUUUUGCAUCAUAAAAUCCACCCUGGUUGUGUCCUUUAUUAUUGGUCA